CUAAAGUCCACAGCAGUAGGAACGACUAACGAGCGCUCCCAAUUUACUCUCGAGUAGAGCACAAUUGAGCAGAGAAAGAGUAUGGAUUUAUUCAGGAAGGCACUUUUGCAAGCGGGGCCGCCUCAAGAUUUUGCUCUUCAGACUGUGCAACAAGCUAUAAAACCUCAGGUUCGGAUCAGCCCUACGAAGGAGAAAGCGUUGAAGCUAGUGAAACUUGUUCAAGAUGAAAAUCAGUUGUUGGAAAAUAUUCUGCGGGCCUUGUUACAGGAGCUGGUGUCAGCUGCUGUGCAGUCAGGUGAGGGAAUCAUGCAAUACGGUCAAUCAAUUGCUGAUAAGGAAACUCUUCCUGGACAAAUUCCUCGUCUUCUUGAGAUUGUUUUGUACCUAUGUGAGAGAGAGCAUAUUGAAGGCGGCAUGAUUUUUCAGCUUUUGGAAGAUUUGACAGAAAUGUCUACAAUGAGAAAUUGUAAAGAUAUUUUCGGCUACAUAGAGAGCAAGCAAGAUAUUCUUGGCAAGCCAGAGCUUUUCGCGAGAGGAAAACUUGUGAUGUUGAGGACAUGCAAUCAACUUCUUCGUCGUUUAUCAAAGGCCAACGAUGUCGUGUUCUGCGGACGAGUUAUAAUGUUCCUUGCUCACUUUUUUCCACUAUCAGAACGUUCUGCUGUCAAUAUCAAAGGAGUUUUCAAUACAUCAAAUCAGACAAAAUAUGAGAAAGACACCCCAGAAUGUAGUACUAUUGAUUUCAACUUUUACAAAACCUUUUGGAGUUUACAGGAAUUCUUUUCUAAUCCUGCCUUGCUUGCUCCUGCUCCUGCACCUGCUCCUGCGAAGUGGACUAAAUUUACUUCCAGUUUAGCGGUUGUGUUGAAUACGUUUGAGGCUCAGCCUUUGAGUGAUGAAGAGGGCAGUGCUAUUAACCUUGAGGAUGAAGGGUCAAACUUUAGUAUAAAGUAUCUCACAAGCAGUAAUCUAAUGGGUCUGGAGUUGAAGGACCCUAGUUUUCGUCGACAUGUUCUGGUUCAAUGCCUUAUUUUGUUCAAUUAUUUGAAGGAUGAAAUAAUAUCAUAUGAAGAACGAGUCAAGAAUAUUCUAGAAACGACACCUCCUGAAGGGAAAGAAUUUCUUCACAGCAUUGAGCAUAUUUUGGAGCGUGAAAAGAACUGGGUUUGGUGGAAGCGCGAUGGUUGCCCUCCAUUUGAGAAACAACCAAUAGAAAAAAAGCUUGCUCAAGAAGGUGGCAGAAAGCGGAGGCUAAAAAGUGAGUUAUUUAAAGGUGGUUACCAUGUGUUGAAGAUGAUGAGUGCUGAUAUUGUUGACUAUUGCUGUGCUGUAAGUUAUCUGAUUGGAGAAGUAGUCGACCUAGGUGGAGAUUGGGAAGUAAGGAACUAUCUCAGCUGUGGAAAUGGGCAGACCAGAACCCAGUGCAAUGCGUUAACAGAUCCUCAACGUGUUCGUAUUCCUGCCAUCAUGGAUUACUGGAAACCAUUGGCUGAAGACAUGGAUGAAUCUGCUGGAAUAGAGGAGGAAUAUCAUCACAAAAAUAAUCGAGUGUACUGCUGGAAAGGUUUGAGAUUUUCAGCUCGACAAGAUUUGGAGGGAUUUUCUAGAUUCACUGAACAUGGGAUUGAAGGAGUGGUUCCGUUGGAACUUUUGCCAUCGGACCUGCGGUCCAAAUAUCAAUCCAAGCUGGCUGAUCGGUCCAAACGUGCCAAGAAGGAUGAGGCAAAAGGUUCCAUGCAGCAACAUGAAGAAUCGCAGAUUGCAAUGGGUGGGAGCGAGACAGACGUGGAUGGGAGCAGAAGAGAGGGUCCAAAUCCAAUUGAAGGCAAUGCUGAUGCGAUGAUUGCAUCAUCAUCAUCGCCGUCUGGCAACACAUCUCAGCGGGAUGGGGACCAAAAGCACAGCUCAGAUGAUGUCGGUCUGGAGAUGGGCCAAAUUGAAGGCGAUGAGCAGGGAAUAAUUGAUGGAGAAACAGACGAUUUAGAUGCCGUAGCCUGAGAUACCACCAAUCUAUGCCUUUUCAUCCUGUAUUGGAGUUUUUAUGUAAUAUUUGUGGGUUAAUGAUUGGAUUCAGUUGUCUGGUGAUGUAGCAAUGACAUCAUUGGAUAAGAUUGAGUUUGUAAAAUAUUUUAAAAUUUUUUGGAUGUGUACUCGUAACCAAGAAUUUUAUGAAAAACAUAAAAUUUGCGUACAAUUUGAUUUUAGUUAUAGCAAAUUAUUUUGUGG